GGCGGCCACAGUCUGUCACAGAUCCAUCGGCUGAAGGGACGUAGGAAGCUGACGGACAGCAAUGAUACGGACGUUGUGCUUUUUCUUGUUUCUGGCAAUGUGGCUGGGCUCUGGAGACUCCCAGACUCUGACACAGCCUCCGACCGUGUCGGUGAGUCCAGGAGCCACAGCCUCGCUUGAAUGUAACAUCGGAACAAAGGAUAGCUAUUACGUAUCUUGGUACAAGCAGACACCGGGAACGGAUCCACAAUGGAUCCUGUACUACCAUCACUCGCUCAGCGCCCCGACUUAUGGGUCUGGCUUUAGCAGCGACCGUUUCACGUCGACAGUCAACAGCGCCGGCACCGUUUACCAGUUAAACAUAAAAAAUGUGGACCUGAAUGACGCUGCCGUCUAUUACUGCGGAAAAUGGGUUUCAUCGCCCAGUAGCUUCGCGUUCGGCCCGGGGACCAAGCUCUUCGUUACAGAUCAACAGCUCCCCGAUCCUUCAGUGAAACUGCUUGGGCCGUCAGCCAAGGAGAUCUCUGCUAAAGGAACCGGCACCUUAGUUUGCCUGGUCAGUAAGCUGUCGGUGGGCUUCCCUGUCGUCAGCUGGACAGUGGACGGGAGUCCAACCAGCCGUGAGGUGACAACCAGCGCAGUGAGGCGGAACACGGACAGAACUUUCAGUCUCAGCAGCUACCUGACGGUGCCCGGCGCAGACUGGAGUAGUGGCAAGGUAUACUCCUGCGUGGUUAAUCUCGGAACGGCUUCGACAACAUCCGCAACAGUCACACAGUCCAACUGUUAAAACAGAGCCGUGGCCUCGUACUUGUUUGCUUCGAACAGAUUUUUUUUUGCAUCUUUCACCUCCCUCUACCACUCUCUUCACUGUACUCCGAACUCUGACCAGAGUUCUGUGGUUUCCAUUGUGUUAUAAUAUUUGCACUCAGACUGAUUUUGUUCCGCUUCAUUCUCGGAGAAGCUACGUGGGGUAAAAGGGGCCUGUUACUUGUCAUCAUUAGAAACAUCAGCUGGUGAAUUGUUUUCUCUGUUACCAAGGAUGGAUCUGAUUGAAGUUAUUCAUGCGUCUGUUAAUGAUUUCUCAGCAGCAUCAGACUGACAGGUGGCAACGGCCAUAAACUGCUAAUAAAGAUGUUCAGUGCAGGAAUGA